AUUUCUUUAAGGCAAUCCGGGUACUUCUGACAUCAUCGAUGUUGUCAAUGGUGCGUUGCAAGUAACUAGAGGGGGAGACAGAACUCUGAUAGAGACGGCCAUUCGUAUUGAAGCUUCACAGGGACUAUAGCCGAUGCAAAAGGAAAAUUGGGGUAUGAGAGCCACCAGAAUCCGUUCCCAUCCUUCGCUGCCCGGGGCCCAGUCUGACUGACAACCUUCGGAUCAGCACCGCCACUGAACCACCUCUCUAAUAAACCUAAUAUCGUGUGAGUAGUGUACUGGGGAACCGACGAAACCAGGGGGGACAGGGAACUUGAUUCGACCGAACCGGAGUCUUGUAUUCAGAGCGUCGCAGAGGGGGAGGGGGCGAAUAGAGAUGGCUAUCACUGGAGACCAUAGGUGAACCUUCAACACCAUGGAUCUGAGAGUGGGGAAUAAGUACCGACUGGGACGGAAAAUAGGGAGUGGUUCCUUUGGAGACAUUUACCUUGGUGCCAACAUUGCCACGGGUGAGGAGGUGGCCAUUAAGUUGGAAUGUGUGAAGACUAAACACCCACAGCUGCACAUCGAGAGCAAGUUCUAUAAGAUGAUGCAGGGAGGAGUGGGGAUUCCCUCGAUAAAGUGGUGCGGGGCAGAGGGAGACUACAACGUCAUGGUGAUGGAGCUCCUGGGCCCCAGUCUGGAAGACCUCUUCAACUUCUGUUCCCGCAAGUUCAGCCUCAAAACGGUGCUACUGCUGGCAGACCAGAUGAUCAGUCGCAUCGAGUACAUCCACUCCAAGAACUUCAUCCAUCGCGAUGUCAAGCCCGACAACUUCCUCAUGGGGCUGGGGAAGAAGGGCAACCUGGUGUACAUCAUCGACUUUGGCCUGGCCAAGAAGUACAGAGACGCCCGCACACACCAGCACAUCCCCUACAGGGAGAACAAGAACCUGACGGGCACUGCACGCUACGCAUCCAUCAACACCCACCUGGGCAUCGAGCAGUCUCGGCGUGAUGACCUGGAAUCUCUGGGAUAUGUCCUCAUGUACUUCAACCUGGGCUCUCUGCCCUGGCAAGGCCUCAAAGCCGCCACAAAGAGGCAGAAGUACGAACGCAUCAGUGAGAAAAAAAUGUCUACCCCCAUCGAGGUGCUCUGCAAAGGACACCCCUCCGAGUUCUCCACCUACCUGAAUUUCUGCCGCUCGCUGCGCUUUGACGACAAGCCAGACUACUCAUACCUUCGUCAGCUCUUCAGGAAUCUGUUCCACAGACAAGGCUUCUCCUAUGACUACGUAUUCGACUGGAACAUGCUCAAAUUUGGUGCCAGUAGGACAGCAGAAGACGGUGAGAGGAGGGGAGCUGACGAAAGGGACGAGCGUAUCGUAGGAGGCCCUCGGGGAUCCGCUGCACGGGGUCUCCCGCCAGGGCCAAACCCACCAGCCGCCAACAGAGUUAGGAAUGGACCAGAGCAGGCCAUCUCUAACCCCGCCUCACGGGUGCAGCAGUCUGGGAACACGUCGCCGCGGGCUAUCUCUCGCGCUGAGCGUGAGCGGAAGGUGAGCAUGCGGCUCCACCGAGGAGCACCCGCAAACGUGUCAUCCUCUGACCUCACAGCCCGUCUUGACCAAUCCCGAAUUUCCACAUCGCAGGUCAGCAUGCCAUUUGAGCACCUGGGGAAGUGAAACCUUCAGCUCCACAUGCACUGGAUACUGACAGGGCUUCAAGAGAUCCUUUGUCCCAGUUUUGUUUCUGUUGUGAAUUUUUGCCAAUUGGACAAAUAAGUGGAUCUUGGAGGAAAGGACAGAGAAUCAUAAACUGAUGACAGUUGGUCAAGGACUGCAGGAAUUUCUCCCCUCCACCCUAACUUUGAUGGGAUAAACCUGGCCUAUAAUAGUACAAGGAUAAGAUAGUGAAUAACACCCUCCUCUCCACUGACCUAUUUACCCCAUGGUAGCUUGGAUCAUGCACCCCCUGCCACACACCUUUGUCCCUCCCCCACUAUUCUCUGGGCGGCUGGCAGAGGUAGAAGACUGAUUUGGGGGUCGAAAAAGACAAGCGGGUGCUCCUUUGCCAAAUAUAGUUGCGGGCACAAACGCGUUCCAAACCAAGAAAAGGUCAACUCGAAAUUUGAGCUUGUGUGGAUUUAGCCAUUUCUGUUUACACCGCAAAGACCACACACACAAAUGUACCCAUGUAUGUUUUAACCAGUUCAUUUAUAGAAUAGUAAGGGGCUGUACUCAUUGGUAUGAUUUACUGUGCAUAUUUUGUGACUAGAUCAUAUUCAUUUGAUGGUGGUCCUGUUGAGGCUUGGGCAGUUUUUGUUUCUUAUUUGACGUUUUAACUCGGAAAGGAAAGGUACAGCUGAAGAGAAGGAAUGGUGAGAAGGAUGGAGAGAUGGGUGGGUGGUAGAUGAAGCCAUGAGAAGAAAGGAAGAGCAAGUGAAUAUUAGCUGAAAUUAUGUUGGGUUCUUUUCCCCUACUUUACCUCUUACUGAAUUGCCAAUUCUCCACUUCUCCACUCUAAUUCUCCACUUUAUUCUCCUUUUGAUUUGUGUUCUUUGGUCAUAAUAUUUGGUAGGUCGGUAAGGUCAAAGCAACCAUGCUUAUUUUAAGACUGUGCAACACUCUUAAGACAUGGGUAUUUGACCAGAGACUGCGAUGAACAAGUUGGAAAAUGACGGUGGCUAUGAUUUUCAUAAUUGUUCUUAACGUCAACUUUUUUUAUUUGAAUGUGUUUGUUUUUGUAGGUGUGAUGGGAAUGGACGAGCUUUGUUCUUGAAGGGGGGGUGGCGCAUCAAGUGCCAUGGCUUUUUUAUUAUUUUUAUUUUUACUUCACUGUAAAUAUUUUUUAUUUCUGUGUAAAGCCAAAAUGUGGUUGGUUGUUUUUAAGGUGUAAUGUAGAAAAAUACAUACUAAAUGCAUAAAUUGCAGCUGGGGAUCUGAAUUUUUUUAAAAUAUUAAGUACUAAAUUGGGAAGGAUUUUAGAAACUUUUACAUCGCCAACUGGGUCGUGUGUGUGUGUCAUCAGAAGUGAAGUUCUGGUGCAUGGACUCUGAGAAUUCCAUAGGUCCCCUGUUGAGAUCACAGGGCUGCUGGGGACAAACUGCAGGCUAUACAUUUCUCAUGCCUCAUUAUUUGAGAUUGUCCAUCUCGCUGUUCUUUUUCUGAAACUCCAUUUUGUUUCACUUGUGUAUGAGAACUCUUGAAGUAUUGCACUUUGUUUUUCCUAUUUUAUUCCCAGCAGGUUGUUCAUAGCCUGUUGAGAAUUUGUCACUACUCUCCCCAUCACUCUACUCAAAGCCUUUCCUGGAGGCUGUCCAUGUUCUCCACCAAGGACCUAAUAUAGGGCUGUCUACUUUUCUUUUUAAAACAAAAAAAGCACUCUUGAAAAAGGAGACGCUGACAGUGGGUUGAUGUCAUCGGAGCCUUCUAUUGCAAAAUAAGAGGUCCCUGGAUGUCAUUUACCAGCACCCUUGUUGUCAUUGAUAACUGGGACUCAGAUGCAGUCACAGUUUCUGGUAAUGACCUGUGUUUGCGACGUGUCCCUUUGGCAAGCCAGUGUGACCCAGUGGCAAUGUAACUACGGGGAGGGAUAGCGCUGGUCAGGUUAUGGGGAGUAUACACUUUAUGUAUUGUGUACCGAUAUCUUGUACAGUUCUUUAACACACUUUAACUUUAUUUACAACAGUAUUUGUGUAUAUUUUAUGACGUAAUAAAACUUCCUCACUCUUUA